CAGCAGAAGCGGAAGAACAAAAACACGGGGAAGCAGCAACGCCAAUUGCAUCCACAAUCGAUCUAUUAUAUGACUGGAUAGAGCUCUGGAUAUAUAGCUGGAUAUAAGGACCAUCAAGUCGAGUGAGUACUACUUAGCUAGCUAAUAGCACAAGAAGAUAAGAGAUAAGAUAAGACAGCAGUGCAUCAGCUAAGUCAAGUCUUAAGAAGCCAAUCAUAAGAAGAAGAAGAAGAAAGGAAGAAGGAAGAUGACCUCCUACAAUCACAAUCAGCCGUCAUUCCUGCUGCAACCUCCCAACAACAACAACACUACUACUACGAGUACUACUACAAGUACUUCUACUUCUGGUAUGAGUAAUAAUAAUAUGGACAAUGGCCCUCGCGCGAAAUGCGAUCAAGUGAUCUUUGAAGCCAUGUCGAAAGCAGCCGAGAUUAUCGUGCAAGGACGUACGCGACCUACCGUUGGCAGUACCCAUCCUUCGCCGUACGCUCUAUCCGCCUUUGGAGGGACUGCUAUUAAUAGCAACAGCAAUAACAACAACAAUAACCAACAGCAUAAUGGCAGCAGUCGAUUCAAUCUCAUGGUGCCAGAAAUUGCACAUGUGCGUCAAAUCCUCCAACGAUGGCGCCGUGCUCUUCACGUUCCUCUGCGUUUGGAUUUGUACUAUCACAAUCCAGUGACCAACCAGAACGAAUUGGUGGAACGUUGGUGUUUGGAGUAUCAGACUGCCAAUAGCAACAGCAACAACAACACUUAUGACAACCACAAGCGCAACAGCAACACGAAUAGCAAUGAUCCCAUUGUCCAACUACGACAUGUCUGCAAAAAAAUUGUCAUUUGGCUCCGCAAUCUGUAUUGCUCGUCUCGACUUCUACCUGCACAAGCACUGCAGCAUCCCAGUUGUGGUGCCAUGGGAAUGCCGCCUUUGCAAUUCUCCAUUUACACUCCCACAACCUCAACUACAACACCCCAUACUCCACACAAGGAAGAAUUGCAAGGCUACUUGCGCCAACAACAACCAUCCACCGUUGUCACGCCCUAUGGAGAAUUGGCAUGGACUGUCUAUUAUGCCUCCAAAACGUACAUUGAAGCCUACUUGCCACCCACGCAUCCUGCCAAGGCACCCCUUUGGAAACAAUCCGAUAAUGGAACUACGGCACGGCCCAUUCUACGAAAUACUACGGCACCCAUGGCCAUUCCACGCACUGCCAGUACCGAUCAGUUGCAUACUGGACAGCAACAGCAGCAGCAGCAACACCAAGCCAUGGUGCCACAAUCCGCACCGGCAGGAGGAAAUUAUUUUUUGCAGGCUCACAACAACAAUAAUCAUCAUCACAACAAUCAUCAUUACAAUCCGACAGUGCCAUACAAUCAACAACAACAGCAACAAAAUCAGCCAACGUCAUUGCAGUACCCCAACAAUACGUAUCAUGCUCCACGACACCUCAUGCAUCGAUCCAAUAGCAGCCAUCAGGAAGAACAUGCCAAUCAUCAUCAUCACCAUUAUAUUCAACGACGCAAUACAUCCCUCGGCAUUCCGGAAACGGCAGCUGCUGCAAGGAUACAAUUGCAGCAAAUGGAUAAGAAUGCCCAUGCCCAUAACAACCACAACCACAAUAAUACUACCAAAACCAUGCCGACCAAGGCCGAAUUGGAAAAACCCGAACGCAUCAUGAGUGGAUUGAGUUUGGCACUACUCGAUGACAACAGCAAUGAUAAUACUACUAAUGGUACUGCAAACAACAGCAGCAAUAACAACCAAACGACGCCAAUCGAAAAUGACGAGCAAGUCGAAAAACGAAGGGCGGCAUUGCAUCAUGCGCCACCACAAUUCAACAACAACAACAAUAACAACAACAAUACGGAAUAUGGAUAUGCCUACAACAAUCAUAUUUCUUGGAAUCAAAUUCGGCCUUCCACCAAUGUACCCAUUGCGUUGCCAGCGUCUCCCACCGAUCAACCACUGCUCGCAAGACAGAGUUAUUCGCCCGCUCGAGGACGACUUGGCAGUAGUCCGGGGACACGACUCGGUACGAGUCCCAUUGUCGGAACACCGCCGACAGGGGGCGCUUUUUUACGAACGGCUACUGGAACCACGCCGGUCAACACGGCGGCCUUGUUGCCACCGCGGAAUAUGGCUGCGGCACCACCGUUUCCCACCCGACCCAUGGGAUUUGCACAACCGCCGCCACCCGUAGCAGCACAGCAACAGCAGCAACAACAGCACCCAUCUCCACAGCAGCAAGCACCUCAACAACCACCGCAACAAGAACAACCGCCCAUGACGUCACUCGAUUUGUUACACAGCAGUCCUUUUCAACAAGGGGCUUCCAUCAUGAUGACACAACAACAACAAGUUCCUACUACAAGCGCUACGAGUAAUCCCAUGCUGAAUAGUCUUGGUAGACCACCGGCUUCCUUUUUAGCCAUGAGUGGGGGACAAUCAUCGGCCAUGAUGAUGAUGAUGAUGAUGGGAUCGGCGCAAGCGGGCAACCAUCACAACAGCCACAUUAACGAUACCGUUAUCCAAGCGACUCAGGAUGACGAAGAAGAAUUGUUUCAAGACAUGCCCUUUGCCGUCGAAGAUUUGGCGCCUCCAACGACGACAACGACGACCAUGAGUAGUCAUACCAAUACAACUGGUGUACCACCACCCGUCGAUGCCUAUUACGAUUUGGGAUCGUCGUCCGCUGCCGUGGCAUCCUUUGCACAGAAAUGUGCUCCCGCGCCGCAUCAUCGACUCAAGUUGUUUGACAGUACAACGACGACGACCACGACGAACAAUAAUAACAAUACGGCGACGGAUGUCUUGGGCAGUGGAGACUUGACGACUCAAUUGGCUGAGUUUCGGUCCUUUGGUGCUUCGCUCAUGGCAUCGUCGUCACGUGGUGGUGCUGGCGGUGGUAACAGCGGAAGUGAUGACAGUGGCAGUACGUCCCAGUUGACCAGUGCGGCGCCGCUGCCGCUUCGAACGAAUUGAGGCAGUGGAACGGAUUGCGGACUAGCUAGCGAGUUCUACCUAGCUAGCUGACCCAGCAGCUAGCCAGCCUAGAAGUGGGGCCUGGUAGUACGUACCGUGCACUCUGUACUCAAUGGGACGGUGCUCCGAACGGAUUGAGUCGAACGGAUUGCAGACUAUCGAGCUAGCUGGCCAGCCUACUAGAAGUGGGGCCUGGUCUGUACCGUACUCGAUGGGACGGUGCUGCAUGGAUGGGGGAAAGCUUUGUUUGUUUGUUGGAUUUUUGCAUGUACGAUGCGAUACCGGUAGGGUGCAUACAUGCAUGCUCCACUGUCUCUCUUAUUAGGGAUGAGGCCAUGUUGAGACCGCAACUUUGCUAGAUCCGUAUGAAACCUGGUGGCGAUGAAGUUCAAGGAUACAGCGGCCACGUACGAAUUGGCCUGAUUGGGGUUUGGACGGCUCCGUGCUGUCGUACAUGUCUAUACGUAAACAUUAACAAGUACACUACAUGUACAAUGAUGACUUGUUUGGUAGUAACCGUGUUGAACUAAAAGUACUCCGUCAAUAGUAGAAA